ACAUAAACUUUUACAAUUUCUUAACCUCACAAUAUCACGAGAUUGAUUUUGCAAGAAAAAGAGAGAACAAAUUUCAAAACAAUUUUCAAAAUAGAUAUGAACGCCAUUUUUUCGAAUCCACUGCAUACCGCAACUGUUAAUUUUGCGGUGAAAGAUUCGUAAGAAUAACUUGAUGCGUCGGGGGGAAAGGAGGAACAACCGGAAACGGCAAUCGGCGAGCUUCUCUGCACCAUUUUUUCCGAUUCCUGAGGUUGGAGUUUCAUCAAUCCGAGCCCAGAAGAAGAAAUUCAGAGCUCAGGUUUAGAGAUCUAAUCUGUCAAGAUGAAUAUCUUUAGAUUAGCGGGUGAUAUGACUCACCUGGCAAGCGUUCUCGUUUUGCUCCUCAAGAUCCACACCAUCAAAUCCUGUGCUGGUGUUUCUUUGAAGACUCAAGAGCUAUAUGCAAUUGUUUUUACUACCCGCUACUUGGAUAUCUUUACCGACUUCAUAUCUCUGUAUAAUACGUUCAUGAAGUUAAUAUUCUUGGGGAGUUCAUAUUCAAUUGUUUGGUAUAUUAGACGACACAAGAUUGUUCGUCGGUCAUACGACAAGAACCAAGACACUUUCCGCCAUGUUUUCCUUAUCUUACCUUGUAUUAUCUUGGCCCUGCUUAUCAAUGAAAAAUUAACAUUCAAGGAGGUUUUGUGGGCAUUUUCUUUGUACUUGGAAGCGGUUGCCAUCCUCCCUCAGCUUGUACUUCUACAACGAACAAAGAAUAUUGACAAUUUGACCGGGCAAUACGUAUUUCUUCUUGGUGCGUACCGAGCUUUGUACAUUGUCAACUGGAUCUACCGAUACUUCACUGAGACUCACUUUGUCCACUGGAUAACUUGGAUUUCAGGGCUUGUGCAAACGCUACUUUACGCAGACUUCUUCUAUUAUUAUUUUCAGAGUUGGAAGACCAACCAGAAACUCCAGUUGCCAGCUUAAGAUCGCGAAAGGAUAUAUAUAGAGGAGGAGUCACUUUCACUUGAAUGUGAGUUGUAUUUGCUUUUAGUUCUCAGCUACCACAAAAUCCUCAUCUUUCUCGAACCCUUCUGAACAUGUGUUCUUCGAUCUGUUUAGACGGUUUUUGAGCAUGCCGGUCCUUUUUAUUGCUACCAAACUCGUAGAGAAUACAUGCCUGUAAGUUUGUGCUGUAAAGAUUCUCAAUCUCCAUCCACGAACAUACCUUAGUAAUUUUAAAACAUUCUUUAGAAGUUUUGAUUAUA